AUGCCUCUUUUUGCUAGCCUACGCAAUAAGAAGGGCCGUCGCGGCUCUCUUUCAUCGACCGGCACCGCCCCUGCUGCAGGGAGCGACUUUGGUCCUACUAGCCCAUCGCGCGGCUCAGUGACCUCUGCCAAGCAGACGAAUGGGACUGGACGAGCUGGCAAUGGACACCUGACCAAGCGUAGCUCUGUCAGCCAGCUGAAUGGAAACGGUGCAGUCGUACCUUCUGGUCUUCCUACCAUCCCUGCUUCCUCCACUGCGCCAGCUGUGGGAAGUCCCACGUCCGAGACCGCAAAGGACCCCACCGCUGCUCCUGCUCCAAAACCGAGCGAGUUGUUUGCCGGAAAAGGCGUGCAGUGGGACUCUGUGCGUCUCGCCGGACCUCAAGCUCGUCUGGCGACUGCUACGUCCAAUUCGCAAGCCGGUACUUCGGAAGAUUUGCAGUCGUUCCUGAAGGCGUGA